AUUUCCGAGCUAUUAUAUAUUUCAUCUUUCUUUCAAUCUUCUCUGAGUUUGCUGUACAAAAACAUAACUAAAUUAACUGUAAUCGCCAUGGCUGCAACCACGGUGAAGCUCGCAUUUCCCAACCACUUCCCAUUAAUUACCAAAGAACCCACUAAACCCGGAAAUCGAGCUCAUUCGAGCAAGAACUACAGCCUUUGCCGCAGUAAAAAUGGUAACUUUUCAACCAGCAGUGAAUAUAAAAAUGGGAGAGUAAAAAAGAUGAUCGGAGAAUUUAACCGAGAAAUUCCGAUAGAAGAAGCGUUUACGCCACCAAGCUCAUGGUACACUGACUCUGAGUUUUACUCUCAUGAACUCACUCAAAUCUUUUACAGAGGCUGGCAGCCAGUUGGAUAUACGGAUCAGGUUAAAGAGCCACGCGACUUUUUUACCGGAAGAUUGGGAAGUGUAGAAUACGUGGUGUGUAGAGACGAAGAAGGCGAGUUAUACGCUUUUCACAACGUGUGUCGACAUCGUGCUUCUCCGGUUGCCUCCGGGACUGGGAAAAGUUCUUGUUUCGUAUGUCCGUAUCAUGGUUGGACGUAUGGGUUGGAUGGAAAACUUAUCAAGGCAACAAGCAUUACCGGAAUCAAGAACUUCGAACCGAGUGAAACAGGACUUGUUUCAAUCAGAGUCGCCGUGUGGGGCCCGUUUGUGCUGGUCAAUUUUGAAGAUGGAGCUAAUCCAAACGAAAUUCUUGAUAACAAAGAUGUGAGCAGUGAGUGGCUAGGAAAUGCAGCAGAACUACUGACUGCAAAUGGGAUCGAUACGUCGUUGGAUUACGUACGCAGACGCGUAUAUACCCUUGACUGCAAUUGGAAGGUUUUCUGCGACAACUUUCUUGAUGGGGGUUAUCAUGUUCCGUACGUACAUAGAGGAUUUGCAUCCAGUCUCAAGCUUGACUCGUAUUCAACUGAAGUGUACGAAAAAGUUAGUGUGCAAAGGUGCAGGGUGAACAAUACCAAUGGCAGAGAAGAAGAGUUUGAUAGACUUGGUUCUAAAGCCUUUUAUGCAUUUGUCUACCCAAACUUUAUGAUUAGUAGAUACGGACCUUGGAUGGAAACCAACCUAGUACUGCCUCUGGGACCAAAAAAAUGCCACGUGGUUUUCGAUUAUUUUCUAGAGACUUCUCUUACGGUAAACAUCGAUUUCAUUGAAAAGAGUUCAGAAACCAGUCAUGGGGUCCAGGAAGAGGACAUGUCUAUAAGCAACUCCGUCCAAAAAGGACUAGAGUCCCCAGCCUAUCACGUGGGUCGGUAUUGUCCGAAUGUUGAGAUGGCUGUUCAUCAUUUUCAUUGCCAGCUUCAUCGAAACCUCAGCAGAUGAUACAACACUAAAUCGCUACGAUAUGCAUCAACAUUGGUGUUCGACUAAACAAGUCGAGAGAGAGCUUAUUGUAAUAAUUAUUCAUCCAGGUUCUUAAUUGCAAUUCCAUACUGAUCCUUUGCAGCUAAAAAGUAGUGUUAUACUAAGCCGGCCUAUCACGUGGGUCGGUAUUGUCCGAAUAUCGAGAUGACUAAGAAUCAUUCUAUUUGCCUGCUCCAUCGAACUAUCUACGUUCGCAUCUUCCAUGAGAGAACUAUCUCAAUUACUUUAUGUAUUUCCAACAGUGAAAAUACAAUCUGUGUACAGUGGCUCAAAGAAACGAAUGGAAAUUCAAAACACGCUUAAAUAAA